GCGCUGCCCACGCCUCCACUCCACCCCAACUCCUCCGCGGCGCGGCACAGCAGCACACUCCCUCCCCCUCCGCUUCUCUCGCUCCCCGUCUCGCCGCUUUCCCCUCCCCCCUCCCGGGGCGCCGGGGCCUGCAGAAUCCACCUUCCGCUCCCGCCGUAGCCGGCGGGUUCGUAGGAGAGGUGAGCUCCACGCCGCACGCCCCUCCCUCCUUUUACCUUGCCGCUGUCAGCCGGUGCUGGGUCCCCGAAACCACCAGCCUGUCGGCGCUGCUCGUCCUCCUUACCCUCGCGGCGUCCGCAGAGCGCGCAGCGCCCUUCCAGUGUGCCAGCGCCGGCGCCGAUUGGCUGCGGUGGGACUCCUCUGCACGCCUAUCGGCAAUCGGUACAAGAUGCAGAUCGGCCGCUGAUUGGUCAAUGUUUUACUGCUAUCUUUGAUGGUAAACUCAGUUUUGCACAACCGCCUGGAAAUUUUGUUCCAGCUCCAUAGUUAGUACCAACCAUUUUCUUUUUGUCCAGGGGGAUUACUGGGCAACUUCAGAGUGAAUUAUGGGUGGAUUCUGCUGUUGCCUCAGUACAGAAGAUUUUGAGGAAUAUGUCCAUCCCAGCAACCCUAUCUAUAGGCAAUGCAUGUCAUUGAGGCAUUUGUUCCACAACAUUUUUGGCGGGUAUACUGCAACAUUCCAGAGGCUUGAAUCUAGGCCAAGCAACCCAGCCCAAGGGACUGCUCCACUGGGAUCCGCUACUCCAAGUGCUAGCAUAAAUGACAAUUCGCUAGCUGAAACUUAUCACCUUGUUUCUAGACCACCCCCCUAUGAUACUGAUCCUAGAUAUGCCCGUGUUCAAAGAGAGGGACUGGUAUCAAGGCGAGAGAAGUCCAUAAAUCUCGCACAAGAAGAGUCAGUAGCCCUUAGACGCAAUGGCAGCAGCUCUGGUAUUGAGCAUUUAGCUGCUCAGAAGAAACGCAGCAGUACUGAAAAUGAAGGUGAAUAUAAGGUCCAUCGUUCUGAAUCAACGAAGAGUUUGUCGGCAAAAUCUUAUAGUAGCAGCUAUGCGGUUGUCGGUUCAGAAGAUGAGGAUGUGUGUCCUACUUGUCUGGAAGAAUAUACCCCCGACAAUCCGAAAAUUAUAACUAAAUGCUGUCACCAUUUUCAUCUUGGUUGUAUUUAUGAAUGGAUGGAGAGAAGUGAUACUUGUCCAAUUUGUUGCAAGGAAAUGGAGUUUUGCGAGAGCCCAUGAAAGCAUUUUGUUUUGCAUGCAUCACCUCACAUCAGAGCAAGGGAAAUUGUCUACAGUAUGGAAUGCUGGGAAAUUGUAAAUAAUAGUUAUGUGCUGUCCAAAUAGAUCUCUUUCUCGAGAUCAGUUUCUUACAUGUACUGAAAUGAUGAUCUUACUAAAAUUCGUGCUAGAAUUUGCUUGCCUGAUCUUUGGUUACGUUCUCAGAUGGUAGUUCAUGGAUGGAAGCACAGAUUAACCUGAUUUUAAUAGUGAUUGCCUGGUGAUUCUGUUGCUUA